CCUCUUUUGAACACCUGCGAUGACCGCCUGAUCUUUUCUCCACUUGAAUUUUGCGUAGAAACACAAGUUACAUAUCGAAAUGUCGAAAGUAACCUUCAAAAUUACUUUAACUUCUGAUCCGAAAUUACCAUUCAAAGUACUUAGUGUUCCAGAGGAAACGCCAUUUACAGCAGUCUUAAAAUUCGCCGCCGAAGAAUUCAAGGUUCCUCCUGCUACCAGUGCAAUUAUUACAAACGAUGGCAUUGGCAUAAAUCCAUCACAAAGUGCAGGAAAUGUGUUUUUAAAACAUGGAUCAGACCUGAGAAUUAUUCCAAGAGACAGAGUGGGAAGCAGGCUCAUAACAUAGGAGAUGACACUGUAUUUAGACUUAAAAAUAACCUGAAUAAAAUACAUUUUACCCA